AAAUUGAAUUGUGUAUAUAAAUAAUGGAAGACUUUGACUCCGCUCCUCCAAGAUGAAAUAUGAAAGUAAAUAAAUAUCUCCUAAUCAGCGAUUAUUGAUCACAGAAAGCACAAUGUUGUUCAACAAAUUCUGAUCAAUCCAAAAUGGGUUUUUCCUCUCUCCAGCAUUCAAUUUUUUCCUUGGGAAUCACAGUUGUUUUUAUCUGCUUUCACGCAGGAAAAACUGCAAAUGUUUCAACCUCAGGAAGCACAAGAACUGACCAGCUUGCACUGCUUGCUUUCAAAUCUGCCAUCUCUGAUCCACUUGGAGCCUUGAGUUCCUGGAGCAAUGCUUCUCUUGAUCCCUGCGAGUGGAAGGGAGUCACUUGUGGACUGAAACCUCCAAGGCGUGUAACAGCUUUAGAGCUCCACGCACUACAACUUGAAGGCCCUUUAUCUCCCUCUAUCUCCAACAUCACCUUCCUGAGUCAUCUCAUUCUUUCAUAUAAUCAAUUUCAUGGAAGCAUACCACAGGAGCUUGGGAGAUUAUCUCGUCUAGAAAAUCUUGACCUGACAAAGAAUUCUUUUGAAGGAGAAAUUCCUGACGGUUUCAGCUCCCUUCCAAUGCUCAAUACCUUGAUUCUUGGCGAUAACAAACUUACUGAUGGGAUAUCUCCAUUGCUCGGCAAUAGUACUUCGCUAACCUAUGUAAAUCUUUCUGCAAAUCACUUGUAUGGAACUAUUCCGGAGUUUCUUAUGAACAAUUCAGCGCUUUUAUUUCUUGAUCUUUCCAAUAACCAUCUCAGCGGAAGCAUCCCAGCUUCAAUAGGUGUUUUCUCGAGUCUCUACUAUCUUGAUCUUUCAAGCAACAAUCUUGAAGGAAGCAUCCCUCCCAUGUUAGCCACAGGAAAGAAUAUCAAAACUAUUGAUCUGUCUUCCAAUAAUCUGUCACAAAAUAUCCCCCCUUCAUUACUCAAUAACUCAACACUUUUCUAUUUGAGCCUUAGAAAAAAUGGCUUGACUGGAAAAAUCCCACCUUUUCUGAAAUCUUCCUCAAUACUUGGUUUUCUUGAGCUAUCAGAGAACCAACUCUCAGGAGAUAUACCUCCCUCAUUGGGAAAUCUAUCCUCCCUUAGUUACCUCUAUCUUGCUCAGAAUAAGUUGGAAGGAAGCAUUCCAGAAAGCUUAGGCAGUUUAUCUGGAUUAAUGGAGCUAUACAUACCUACAAACAAAUUGUCUGGUAAGUUUCCUUCUUCUUUCUAUAACCUGUCAUCCAUCACUUACAUUGCCAUGGCAGAAAAUAAUCUCUCUGGAAUGCUUUUGCCGACCAUGGGCUUAGGACUCCCAAUGCUUCAAAUUUUAGACUUGCAAGAAAACAAUUUUAAUGGAUCCAUUCCUCAUUCAUUAUGUAAUGCUUCUAGACUUCAAAUUCUUGAUCUAGCUGGUAAUUUUUUUAGUGGGAUGAUACCUUCCUGUCUGGGAGGCCUUACAAAUAUGACUCAACUAGAUGUUGGAUGGAAUCAAUUACAAUCAAAAGACAUGAGUAUCAUCUCAUCUUUCACAAAUUGCACUCUUUUGAACGCACUAAUUCUUCAAAAAAAUAAGUUGCAAGGUGAAUUACCGGUGUCGAUUGGUAACUUAUCCAUGAAACUUGAAUCUCUAUAUUUAGGAGCUAACCAAAUAUCUGGUAUGAUUCCCGCUGAGAUAGGUAAUCUUGUUGGUCUAAUUGUUCUUUUCAUGAAUGAAAACUUAUUUGCGGGAAGCAUUCCAUCCACCAUUGGUAAUCUUUUGAAAUUGAACUUGCUUGAUUUAUCUGGAAACAAGCUAACAGGACAAAUUCCAUUAUCUAUUGGCAAGUUAACUCAGCUAAAUGACUUGUACAUGCAAGACAAUCAACUGAGUGGUAGCAUACCAUCAACUUUAGGAUCGAAUUGGAAAUACCUACAAGAGCUAAACCUUUCCAAUAAUGCAUUAAAUGGAAGCAUUCCUAUAGAAGUUAUCAGCCUAUCCUCUCUCACAAGGUUUUUAGAUCUCUCACACAAUUCUUUGAGUGGACCUUUGCCAUUCCAAGUUAGCAGCUUGCAUAAUCUUGUGGCCUUGAAUGUAUCAUAUAACCAGUUGUCGGGAGAAAUCCCAGCAACUCUUGGUGAUUGUUCAAUGUUGCAAUACUUAAAAAUGGAGAUGAACUUCUUCCAAGGUAUUAUUCCCAAAACAUUCAAACUUCUAAAUGCCUUGAUAGAGCUUGAUCUUUCUCACAACAAUUUAUCUGGGCAAGUUCCAGAAUUCUUGGAAAAGUUCAGUUACUUGCAUUAUCUAAACUUAUCAUUCAAUAGUUUUGAGGGCGAAGUCCCAGAGGAUGGUAUUUUCACCAAUGCAACUGUCAUAUCUGUAGCUGGCAAUCCGAGGCUUUGUGGUGGUAAUCCAAUCUUACAUCUGCAAUCAUGCUCAGGAGGAAAAAGUUUUAAAAAACUUAAAAUGAUACUCCCAAUUCCAAUUGCAGUUAUUGUGAUCAUAUCUCUGUGUGCAUUUUGCAUUAUAUGCAGAUUAAAGAAGAUGACCAUUACAUUACCCAUAUCAAAAUCGCUUGAUUCUUCAAUUACAUAUGAUGAAAUCUUCAAUGCAACCAAUGGAUUUUCUAAUGAAAACUUGAUUGGAAGUGGAAGUUUUGGUUAUGUGUACAAACUAAAGAUGCGUCAUGGAGAAAAUGAUGUUGCUAUUAAGGUAUUUAACCUCCACCAAAGAGGAGCCUUGAGGAGCUUCAUCACUGAAUGCCAAGUCUUGAGAAAUGUUCGUCAUAGAAAUCUUCUAAAGAUUGAGACUUUAUGUUUAAGUCUAGAUUCCAAUGGUAAUGAAUUCAAGGCUCUUGUCUUUGCAUACAUGCCUAAUGGGAGCUUAGAGGAUUGGCUACACCCAAAAACAGAAGACCAGUUUCUUAAGUCUAGAAGGUUGAGUUUACAUCAGAGAUUGAACAUAGUCAUAGAUGUGGCCUCAGCACUGGAGUAUCUUCAUGAUAAUUGUGUUCCUCCCAUUGUUCAUUGCGACCUAAAGCCAAGCAACAUUCUUCUGAACAGUGACAUGACAGCCAUUGUCAGUGACUUUGGCUUGGCGAGGAUCAUUUCUUCAGGCUUCUCUACAGAUUCAUCAUUUAACUCAACAAGCUUGAUGAGGCUUCAAGGAUCCAUUGGAUAUGUUGCACCAGAAUAUGGAAUGGGAAACCAAAUCUCCAGGCUAGGAGAUGUGUACAGCUAUGGUGUUCUUCUACUGGAGAUUCUGACAGGCAAAAGACCUACUGAUGAUUCAUUUGUACAAGGUUUGAACCUACACAAAUAUGUGGAGAAUGCAUUUCCAGAAAUGAUUAGUACCAUUUUAGAUCCGCAGAUCAUGCGAGAAGUAGAAGAUGAAACUAAUAACAGGAGCAUUGGAGCUCGUAUGAAAGAGUGCUUGGUUUCAUUAUUCCAGAUUGGACUCACUUGCUCGAGUGAAUCACCAACUCAGAGAUUGGGGAUGGCUAUUGUUGUUAAAGAACUCAAUUCACUCAAAGAAAUGUUCUUUUAAGGUU